AUUUAACCAAAGACUUGGGUUUUAGUGAAAAAGUUGAUUAUCAAAUUUAUCAUAAACAAUUAGAUAAAAGUAAACUGCCAGUGGCUUUUUUAAUUUGUGUUGAAUGUAUGACUUAUGGAAAUUUUCCCUCUAAGGAAGAUAUCGAACACAUUCAAGGAUGA